AUGGACUGUUUCUAUGCUCAAGUGGAGGCGGUGCGGCUUGGCAUUGACUGCCGCACCGAACCGUACAUUCUCUCACAGUGGGGAAACCUAAUCGCCGUAAACUAUCCAGCGCGUAGCUGCGGCAUUGCCCGCUUCAAUACGGUGGAGGAGGCGCGAGAAAAGUGUCCCCAUGUGAGAGUUUCACACGUCGCCACCUACGCAGUGGGGGAGUCAGAGUACAAGUACCACGUAAACCCGCGCAAGGGAACGCACAAAGUUGCUCUGGAGCCCUACCGGGAAGCCAGCCGUCACAUCUUUAACAUCCUGCGCAGCUUUGAAGGGGUGGAGGUAGAGAAGGGUAGCGUCGAUGAAGCAUUCCUCGACGUGACGGUGGCAGCACAGCGGGAGUUGGAAUCGGUUGAGCUGCUGCACUCCCAACGCCUGCACUCCUUGGAGGAUAUCUUGGAGCCGUCUACACAUGUAAUACCGGAUCGUCAGGAUGAGAUAGACGUCUGGCUUCGCGUGCGCGGAAAAAAGUUUUGCGACGUGUUUGAUGCUGCAAUGCACCCAAAAGGGAGCUUAGAGCAUGCGCUGCUCCUCGGCGCAGCUGCACGGGUGGUAUGGAGUAUUCGGCAGAAGAUACGGCAAGAGCUUCACUACGACUGCUCCGCAGGCAUUGCACACAAUAAGCUCCUUUCAAAAUUCAUAUCAUCACGCCACAAGCCAAACCAGCAGACGCUGCUGCUUCCCGACCGUGUUGCCUCUGCCAUAUGGGACACGCAGUACCACAAUUUCCGCGGCUUUGGUGGGAAAUUUGGUGAGACUAUUCGCCACAUCUGUGGUGGUGCGGAGCUCUGCUGUGAGGCGUGGCUGGUUCCCAAAGAAGUGAUGCGUGGCGUUUUUGGUGAUGACGAUGCUGAAUACGCGUAUCAACGUCUGCGCGGCUACAGCUCUGAGAAUAUCACCAAGCGAUCGAUUGCAAAAACGCUGAUGGCAUCCAAGGUAUUCCGUCCAGCCGCGACCUCGCCUGACGGGGUGCGCAAGUGGGUCACGGUGCUCAGUAGUGAGUUGUGUGCGCGCUACAGAGGGUUCUGUGACACAUACCAAACAAAGGGGCACACGCUUAAUGUCAAGCUUGGCAACAUGGGUCUCAGCCAGCUCGGUGGCGUUGUCAACAAGACACUAGUGUUGCCGGAGCUUGUGACAACGGAAACGCUGAUAGCCGCCGCGAUGCAAUGCGUCACAGCGACUCUUGUGGCACAGCCAGGUGUGGCUGUCAACGCGGUGACGCUGACGAUCGGAUCUUUUAAGAAGCAAGUCGAUGAGUGCGGUUCGGGGCGUGGGCAGCAGCUGGCGCUGACAAGUUUUUUCUCUGCAAAAGGGAAAGAGAAGCGGCGGCGGAGUGAACCUGAUGAAGCGGUCGUCGUGACGCUCUCUUCUACCUCCUCUUCCUCCUCAACUGUUGAGGAAUGGCGAGAACAGUCGCACGACGCUGAGGAGUCGGCGAUCGGCGUGCAGGAGGCGCGCGAUGAUGAUGAUGGGGACGUGAUCAUUAUUGAGUGA